GUAGGGAGAAGUUGAAAAAGCUCAAAAGUGACUAUCGGUCCACCCAGGACCACAACGACCGGCGUGGGUCAACCAGGAGGUGUUGGAAGAGGUUUAAUGGAAGCUAUUUACUGGCACCGCACAGCCAGCAACAGGAGGAAGACUCAGCCGCUGCAUGUUGGAGACGUUCGAGGACGAAUCCCUUUCCACAUGCGAAGCCUACUCCACCUCCGUCAUGGAGCCCCCGGCUCCCCUGCCUCCUUUCCACCAGCUGCAGCGGCUCCUCUCCAGCACCAGCUCGGACACCGACCCUGUUAACAUCAACCUCCAGCACGUCACAGCAACGUCUUAUCACCGGCAAGAGGAAAAGGUGCAACAGAAAAUUGGACCUUCCUAGCGUACUUGUGGAGAUGCAGGCCGAGGAGGAGCGGAGUCGUGCCCAGCAUGAUGAGAACAUCUGGUUGCUCCUCAGCGAGUGUUUCGACUCGCCGCUCUCAGCUUUCUCCGACUCUUCUAUUACUCUGAAUCUGACAGAAUGCCACAGACCGAGCAGCAGGGCCAGGAGCAUGACCGAGCAGCAGGAGCACAGCGAAGAAACAGGCCUGAUCUCCACACAGGACCUGGAGCCCUCCAAAGACAACGACACUCACGGACACUUCAGGUUUCAACUGAUUGAAGACCUUUCCUAUGAAGAUGUGAAGAAAUGCUACAGGGGCUCAUGUGUGUCUUGCAGCGGCUUGCUCCAGGCCUUCGAUGUGCGCGAGUGCGUUUGUGUUUACGGCGCCAACGUGCUGAGCCUGGUGCAGAGCUCGCGUCCUCUGAGGGAGAGGGUGGUGGUGUCGGGGCCGAGCGGAGCCGGAGUGGCCGGCGGCGGCAGCGGCGGAGGGGCUGGAGGUGGAGGUGGAGGUGGUGCUGUGCAGGCAGGCCGGUCCGCCAAGGAGCUGCUCAUGACUCUGCCCUGUCCCUCUGCACAGACUGUCAGCAAGUACAACUCGCAGUACCACAAACUGUUCCAGUGUGUGCCCAAGGAUGAGAUCCUCAUGAAAGUGUAUUCCUGCGCUCUGCUCAGAGAUAUCCUUCUACAAGGCCGACUCUACAUUUCCAGAAACUGGUUGUGUUUCUAUGCCAACCUCUUCGGCAAGGACAUCAAGGUGGCUAUCCCUGUUGUUUCCGUUCGGCUGGUGAAGAAGCACAAAACUGCCGGCCUGGUACCCAACGGCUUGGCUAUCACCACCGACACCGGCCAGAAGUAUGUAUUCGUAUCUCUGCUGUCCAGAGACAGCGUCUACGACGUCCUCCGCAGGAUCUGCACACAUCUACAGGUCAACGGGAAGAGUCUGAGCUUGAAGCAGUUCAUGGAGGAGCCGACCUUAUCACUGGACGAGUUUCCGACUCCAGACGAGUUCCCGGUGGUGGACGAGUUCCCGUCAGUGUUGAAGUGGAGAAGGAAACCCUCGGUGGUGUCAGUGUCGUCCUCCCUCCCUGACCUCCUGGGCAACUCCACCGGCAGCCUGAGCGCCGCCGACACGCCCUUCCAAUCAGAGCAGCCGCUGGAAGAACGAGCCCUUCAGACUGACAGAGGUCUUUUAUCGGAGCCGGUGGCCGAGCUGGGCCAGAUGGAGUACCAGCUGCUCAAGUUCUUCACCCUGCUCAUCAUCCUCCUCAUCCUGUCGUCCUGCUAUCUGGCCUUUCGGGUCUGCAGUCUGGAGCAGCAGCUGUCCUUCCUCAGUAACCCAAAUCUGCCCCUGAGAGAGAGGUAACCUCUACUCUCCUGCCACCACACUGGUUUUUAUUCUUCUCCUGCUUGGAGUCGACGCUGAUCUCCUGAUCCAGGACCAGCUUAGACCAGAUCUUUCCUCCAGCUGCAGCGUCGGCCGGGGAGCGCCGUCCGUCUGUCCGUCCGUCCGGGUUCCUCCUCAGUGAUCACUUCCAGACUAUGCAAACAAGACUUUCUAUUUAUUUCUGAAUAUAAAGUAGGUGUUACUUUAGUUCAUGAUGAUUUUCUGCUGUUUGUGGUGCUGAUGAAGGAGAGGUAAGAGGUGAUUCAAACAUAUUCCAGGUGGUCGUAGCAGGAAAAACAAAUCAAACAUUUGUAUCUGAACAGAUUCUGAAGUGGACUAAACCAAAUUCUUCCUGGUGAGAUUUUCAUUGCCUUCAGUAGGAAGGUUAAAAACAACCGAUGCACUUUUCUAAAAUGUAGGUCCACGUUAAUUCAAAUGUGUGUAACUGUUGAGAUCUGUAUUUUGCUGAUGAUAGGUACCCAGAUGUCAUUUCUGAAGGUGUUUAUGGAAGAAGGUGAGCACAGACGCUUGACUGAAUGAAGCUACCUGUCAUUUAAAUGUGAUAAACUGCAGCGAUAACUCCGACCUGAGGGUGUUCGCUGCAGCAUAAUGUGAAAGAGACGGUUUGUUUUUCAUUGCAUCACUUCUCUGUUGGUUUUCUAGGUUUCAAACGGAGACGGUUGUUCAUGUUAGAUCAAUAUUUUGCUGAUUUUUGUAGACAUGUAGUCCUACAGUCCUCGUUUGUGAAAUUCCUAUGAAUUAAAUUGGCAAGAAAAUGUAGAUAAACAUUAAAAAAAAAAAAAAGUUUCUGGCUUUUAUUUUUCACUCAUUUCAGGU